AUGGCGUCUCCCAUCGCAUGGAGAAGCUCUGCGGUUUUACUCGCUUUAAUACUGAUAUUUUCAAUAGCUUGCGCGGAUACUAAGCCUAAAAAGAAAAAAGAUAUUCGGGAUUACAAUGACGCGGACAUGGCAAGACUCUUGGAGCAGUGGGAGAAAGAUGAUGAUAUUGAAGAGGGGGAUUUACCCGAGCACAGAAGAUCUCCUCCACCUAUUGACUUCUCUAAAGUGGAUCCAUCCAAACCUGAGGAUCUCCUGAAGAUGUCAAAGAAAGGAAAGACUGUCAUGGUGUUUGCCUCUGUGUCAGGAAACCCCACAGAGAAGGAGACUGAGGAGAUUACAAGUCUCUGGCAAGGCAGCUUAUUCAAUGCCAACUAUGAUAUUCAAAGGUUCGUGGUGGGCUCAAACCGUGUCAUUUUCAUGCUGCGUGAUGGAAGCUACGCUUGGGAGAUAAAAGACUUCCUAGUGUCCCAGGACCGCUGUGCUGAUGUGACCGUGGAGGGACAGGUGUUUCCUGGGAAGGCGGCCAAGGCAGAUGGCAAAGAGAAGGAGAAAAAAGAUGCCAAGAAGAAGACGGACAAGAAAUCAUCCAACAGAGCAAAUAAAAAUAAACAGGAGCUAUGAUCCUCAACAUGCUGAGAUUUCCUAAGACACUUGAACGAAACAGCAAGAUCUCAUCAGACACUUCAGCGCCACUGCAAAUACAUGGCUACUUGUAUUUUUUGGCAAGGUGGCAGUUUUUUUUUUAAAUCCAUGUUUAUUUGUUUGUUUUAAAAGGCCUACAGUGUUGUUUAUAUACAGGCAGUAUGAUGGAAGUGUAUUCUUUGAAGAUGGUACUCGCCCCAAGAGUGGAUUUCUGGAAGGCCAGUGGUAGGAAUAUCCACUGUGUGUGUGUGUGUGUGUGUGUAAUCUGCAUUGACUGAGUAUGUUUGUCUUUACAUAUGAUCACUUUAAUGUGAAAAUGAAAUUGUGAGAUUUCACUGAGCACAUUUAUGAUUGACGCAUUUCCCCCUUGAAAUUGUUACUACUCUGUCAUCUCGGGGACACGGUUAAGAAAUGUUUCAUUAGUGAAAGAUUAUAGCACUUGUUGCAUUAUUCAGUAUGGUGUUCCACUGUUAUGAAUGACUACAAUUCCCAUAUGAUUUUGAUUUUUGUAAUUCAAAUAAAACUUGUAAUUACCUACA